AUGGGGGAAGGAGAGAGCUGGCAGGAAGUGGUGGGGAGGAUACUGGGGGAAGAAGGGGAGAGGGAGGGAUGGAUGAGGGAAGUUGAGGAGGAAAGGAAGAGGAUGUGGGAGAAAGGGGGCGUAGGAGAGGGUACCGGAGACUGGAACGACGACGCAGCAACAUCGCUGCAGGCGGGCUCUGUCUUCGGACAUCAAGCCCAUGCCACCAUGGAAGCGAAUGCCUGGUGGGGUAUUAACCCCAUUGCACCCAGGCAUUCACCACCAGGUUUGCCCCAGUGGAAAGAUGCCAUUGAGGAGGUGACCGCACUCUUCCCCCAAAUGUCCCCAAAAUCGGUUAUGGCGGAGACGUUGAGGGUUUUGGAGACCGCGGGGGAGGCCGAAAGAAGAACUCAGAGCAUGAAAGGCGAUUUACGACGGCAGAUAAAGGUAGGCGUCAACGUCGCCAAGAUCGCCGUACAAAGAUUAGUGUCGGAGAUUGUCAAAGGCACUAGACCAAGUGACGAGGUUAGGACUAAUAAUUUGGCUCUAGAGAAAGAAGUCAUCAAACUCCGUCGGGAGGUUGAUACCCUCCGGCGAGAGAGGACAGCGAUGAGAAAGCAGAUCAACACGCUGCAGAAUACGGUCCAGGAAAUGAAGGACAUAGAGAGAGAAAGGGACCGCGGCAGGAGAUUUGUCCCUUCCUCGGAGGAGGAGACUCGCGACGAGGGUUCUCCGAUAAGGACCCGAGGGCGAGACAGGGGCGAGCGUCCGGGUUCGGUUCUAGGGCCGACCCUGUGGAACAUAGGCUAUGAUAAAAUCCUCAGGUUAUAUAUGCCGAUUGGGUGUGCGACUCUGUGCUACGCGGAUGACACCCUAGUUACAGCGAGCGCGGAUAACUUCGAGGAGGCACGCGUAAGGGCAGAAAUCGGUACCCCGGCGGUGGUGCGUGCGAUUGAAAGAUUAGGGCUGAAGGUCUCGAUAGUUAAAACCGAGGCUAUCGCCUUUAUGACGGAAGACAUUCCGCGGGGGGCCGUGAUCCGAAUAGGUGGGACGGUGAUCCCGAUUGGUUCCACCGUGAGGUACCUGGGCCUAACCCUGGACUCGCGGUGGACCUUUCGGGACCACUUUAGUGCGCUGGUACCAAAGGCGUGGGGGAUGGCGACCUCCCUCGCUAGAUUAAUGGCAAACAUGGGGGGCCCCGGCGAGCGAAGAAGGAGGACCUAUGCCGCGGUCGUGAUGUCUGUCCUCCUUUAUGGUGCACCCAUAUUGGCGCAGACGGUGGCGGAAGACCGCGGAAUAUUAAAGGCGGUGCGAAAGUUGCAGCGGCAACUAGCCCUUCGAGUUAUCAGGGGGUACCGCACUAUCUCGGGCGAAGCCGCGGCCAUCCCGUCUGGGAUGGUCCCCUUUGACCUAGCGGCCAACCGUCUCAGACAGUCGUACAUCCGGAGACGGGACAUUAUUGCCCGGGAUGGUGCGGUGUCCCCUGGUGCGAGCGCGACUCUUCUUGAGUUGGAACGUCGUAGGGCGAUCGCUAGAUGGCACAGGCGAAUUGAGGAGCUGCCUCCGAGUGGCCCGGGCGCGGGGGUACGCGAGGCCAUGGGCGGCGACUUGGAAGCGUGGGUGGGGAGGGCGCAUGGGGCCCUCACCUACCGCAUGACCCAGAUCCUGACGGGGCACGGGGUGUUCGGCGCUUACCUGUACAGGAUAGGGCGCAUGGGCACCCCGAUAUGCAUCUUUUGCCGCGCGGCCAAUGACACGGCUGGUCAUACCCUUCUGUUUUGCCCGGCUUGGGCGGAACAGAGGGGUGACCUAUUAAACAUCAUAGGGGUGGAUAGAACGGUCAGAGCGGUGGUGAGGGCCAUCGUGCGCUCGCCCGAAGCGUGGGCCGUGUUCGCAGCGCUAUGCGAAACGGUUAUGAGGUGUGGAGGUAAGGUAAGGAGGAGGAAGAACGCGACCGCGAGCGGGAGCAGGCAGCCCGGGAGCAAGCUGCUCGGGAGCAGGCUGCUCUACCCGUGGGAGUAUUGGCCCCUCCGAACGGGUAAAGCUCCAAUGAACAGCAUGUGGGAGGAGCUCACAGAGGUUGUACAUACAUGUAAAUAG